GAGAGAGAGAGAGAGAGAGAGAUAGAGAGAGAUAGAGAUCUAUAACCGCCGACUCUGUCCCGAUAUUCAGACCGUCCACCCUGACUCACUCACGAGGCCGGCCGUUAUUUAAGACAACCGCCGGUCACAGUUUCACAGUCUCUCUCUUCCUCCCAAUUUCGGUUCUCCAGUUCUUGAAGGAACUUUAUAAAUACGAACAAAAAUUACCAAAAAGAAAUCAAAAUAAACAGAUCAAAUUCGAAAUCUUUUUCUCUUGAUGCGUUCAUUGUUCUAUCCGAGCAAGGACGCUGGCUUCAGAAUCAUCUCUGCUUCUGUAACAAGAUUCAUCGCCUUAGAUCCGUCGAAACGACUCCUCCGAUCUUCUUUUUCUGCCGUGAGAUUCCUGCCGAGACACUACUAUUUUGAUUGGAAUCGGACGACAUCAACAACGACGACGACGACGACGACGACGACUACUACAAUAACGAAGAAAACGGUAGCUGCGAUGGCAGUGAAAGCAGCGCCGGAUGAAGAAGGGAUAGCGAGACGAUUCUGGAUCAAGUUCAGAAAUGAAUCGGUUUUCGCGAUGUACACUCCUUUCGUCGUUUGCUUGGCUUCUGGAAAAUUGGAAUUGGAAACUUUCCGCCAUUAUAUUUCUCAAGACGUGCAUUUCCUUCGUGUUUUUGUUAAGGCGUAUGAGUUGGCAGAAGAUUGUGCCGAUGAUGAUGAUGACAAGUCUGCUAUUUUUGAAUUGAGGAAGAAUGUCAUGGAGGAGCUUAAAAUGCACAAUUCUUUCGUCCAAGAAUGGGGCUUUGAUCCUGCAACUGAGAUAAGUGCCUCCUUGGCAACACUGAAAUAUACAAAUUUCUUGCUGGCAACGGCCUCAGGAAAGGUUGAAGGAGAAAAAGGUCAUGGCAAAAUUGCUACUCCCUUUGAGAAGACAAAAGUUGCUGCUUACACACUGAGUGCUAUGACGCCUUGUAUGAGGCUCUAUGCCUUCCUAGGUAAGGAGCUACAGGCACUUCUGGAUCCUGACGAUGGCAGUCACCUCUACAAGAAAUGGAUUGACACCUAUGCCUCUGAAACAUUUGAGGCAUCAGCUCGGCAGACUGAGGAGUUGCUUGAUAAGCUAAGUGUCUCUUUGACAGGAGAGGAACUUGAAGUCAUGGAAAAGCUCUAUCAUCAGGCUAUGAAACUUGAGAUAGAAUUUUUUACUGCCCAACCAAUUGUUCAACGAACUAUAGUUCCUUUCACUAGAGUGCUUGACCUUGCGGAUUAUCAUCUUGUUCUAUUUUCUGAUUUUGAUUUGACUUGCACCAUUGUUGAUUCCUCUGCCAUUUUAGCAGAGAUUGCAAUAUUAACUGUACCAAAAGCUGAUCAGAGUGGAAUGGAAAAUCCACUUCCCCGAAUGUCAUCUGCUGAUCUGAGGAACACAUGGAGUGUUCUUUCAAAGCAGUAUACAGAAGAGUAUGAACAAUGCAUAGAGAGCAUUAUGCCCUCAGAGAAAGUGCAUGAAUUCAACUAUGAAGAUCUGUCCAAAGCACUUGAGAAUCUCUUAGACUUUGAGAAACGGGCAAAUGCAAGAGUGAUUGAGUCAGGGGUCCUGAAGGGUUUAAAUUUAGAGGACAUAAAAAAGGCUGGUGAGCGUCUUAUACUCCAAGAUGGUUGUGCGGGUUUCUUCCAGACAGUUGUAAAGAAUGAAGGGCUGAAAGCAGAUUUACAUGUACUUUCUUAUUGUUGGUGUGAUGAUCUCAUUAGAUCAGCAUUUUCAUCAGGGGGCCUAAGUGUUUUGAAUGUACAUGCAAAUCAGUUUUCUUAUGAAGAAUCCAUCUCGACGGGUGAGAUUAUUAUGAAGGUAGAAUCUCCCUUGGACAAGGUUAAAGCUUUCAAGGAGAUUCUAAAGAAUCGUGGUGAUGAUGGCAAGAACUUGUCUAUAUACAUUGGCGAUUCAGUGGGCGACUUACUGUGCCUGCUAGAAGCAGAUGUAGGCAUCGUGGUAGGAUCAAGCUCAAGUCUGAGGAGAGUUGGGAGUGAGUUUGGUGUUUCUUUUGUUCCAUUGUUUACUGGUUUGGUGAAGAAACAGAAGGAAUUCGAUGGCAGCUCUUGUAAUUGGAAGGGGCUGUCUGGCAUUCUUUAUACGGUCUCUAGUUGGGCCGAAAUACAUGCCUUCAUUUUGGGUCAUUAGAGCCGUAUAUUGUAGCCUUGGAAAAAAGGAGGGAAAGAAAAAAAAGGAACCACAUUUUGAUUGUUGAUGAUCCUCUUCUUCCAAACUCCCCCCUCCUAUUUGUCCCCCUCUAUUUUUUUGGGACAACUAUUUAGGAGUGCAGAAAUAACUUAGGAGCAGCCAAGAAAAAGGGCAUCAAAAUUUUUACUUGUAUAAGGGAGAGAGUUCUGGGAAUAGACCGUGUAUGAGUUCUGACCUGAAGGCUUUUUUUUUAUAUCAAAUUGCAGGUGGCAGCCAUUUCUGCUGGUAAGUUCAGUGGACUUGUUGGCACAGGAAGAGAACUAAGUUAUGGCCAAGCAUAUGAGAAACUGCAAUUUUUUGUCUUGUGUGGAUCUAUUCACUGUUUCAUCCUCAACACACUGGAGUAAAAAUACAGAUCUGAAAAGAUGAAAUGUAAAUAGUAAAAUUAUUGCUCA